CAGAAAUUGCCCACUAUGGCGACACACGACUUCGCACCCCUCAAGAACGAUCUGUUGCUUCGAACAGCUCGCGGCGAAAAAGUCUCCCGCCCUCCAAUAUGGGUUAUGCGUCAGGCAGGUCGGUACUUGCCCGAGUAUCACAAGGAGAAAGGCAGUCACGACUUCUUCGAAUGCUGUCGCUCACCCGAGAUCGCCUCAAAUCUGACACUACAACCAAUCGACCGCUAUGAAGGACUCAUCGAUGGCGCAAUCAUAUUCUCAGACAUCCUCGUCAUCCCACAGGCUAUGGGAAUGGAAGUUGUCAUGCUUGAUGGGAAGGGACCACAUUUCCCAGAACCAUUGGAGUCACCAGAGGAUAGGCAGUACCAGGAGAUCAUGGAGAGAGAUGUAGAUGUGGAGAAGAGCUUGGGCUAUGUUUAUGAAGCCAUCACAAUGACAAGGAAAAAGUUGGAUGGUAGGGUGCCACUCUACGGAUUUUGUGGAGCACCGUUCACCUUACUUUGUUAUAUGGUCGAAGGUGGUGGUACCAAGGUUUUCAGACAGACGAAGACGUGGAUUUACAAGUAUGCCGAUGCCAGCAAGAAACUAUUGCAGAAGAUUGCGGAGCUUUGUGUGGAAUACCUUGCUUUGCAAGUCAAGGCUGGAGCGCAAAUCGUGCAGAUCUUUGACAGCUGGGCUGGAGAGCUGAGUCCGGCUACAUUUAGGGAGUUUGCGCUGCCAUAUCUGACAUACAUCUGUGAUCAUCUACCGAAGAGAAUACAAGAGUUGGGAGAGGAGAGAGUGCCGAUGGUCGUAUUUGCCAAGGGCGCAUGGCAUGCUGUGGAAACGCUGUGCAAGACGAACUACGACGUAAUUGGACUCGAUUGGCUGCAUGACCCGGCGGAGGCGUAUGCGAUUGCUCAGAAGCAUGGAAAGGUACUGCAAGGAAAUGCUGAUCCGGGCGUGUUGUACGGCGGCCACGCUGCGAUCACUAAGGUGGUGGAAGAGAUGGUGAAAGGAUUUGGCGGUGGCAAGCAGGGCUGGAUCGCAAACCUCGGUCAUGGCAUCACACCUUGGGUAAAUCCAGAUGAUCUCAGAUUCUACUUCGAGGAGAUACACAGAAUAUCAGGUAGCUGACUCCGUGCGAGAGCGUAAUUGAAGAGUUACAUAAGCUCACGUAUGCCGACUACACAUUAGAUGAACAGCAAGAGGACAAAAUGCCCCGACUCGCGGAUAUUCAAGCGGCAGAGCAAAGGAUGCACGAUCGUAACAUGUUGCACGGCGAUUGGUAGAUGGAGCAAUGAAAAUUCAUGACGGACGCC